AUGGAGAUGCCGCGCGAGUUCCGGACAAAGCGCGUAAGAGAGGCCCGCGACGAGGCCCGGAAAGAGAUUGACGAGUACAAGGCCCAGAAGGAGGCCGAGUUCAAGAAGUUUGAGGCCGAGCACACCCAAGGAAACAAGGCGGCCGAGGAGGAGGCCAGCCGCGAGGCCGAGGCCAAGAUCCAGGAGAUCAAGGCCGCCGGCAAGAAGAGCCAGGACAAGGUCGUCAAGGACCUGCUGACUGCCGUCCUCAGCGCCAACCCCGUGCCGCCGUCCAAGGCAUAG